AACCGAACCUUUUGAGUCAAAAAUGAAAAUGUUUCAACUAGUGGUAAUCAUGAAUCGGAUGCUUAAGGUGGUUCAAUCCCUUUUCGUUGUAUUAUGUCUAGGCUUUUGGAAUAAAAACAAUGCUCAAGGAAACCAAAAGUACUAUGUAAACAGUCCGGCUUGCCAGAUGCCUGCCGUCAAUCCCUUUACCUGGGAUACUAUGAGAGGUUUCCAUAAAAAAAAGUUGAGACACUGCCACAACGACAGCGAUAUGGUUACAAGUGAAUUCGAUUUUGAGACACAUCAGUACCGAUUGCACAUACACGAGCACCUGGCCAAACCCAUUCUGAAAACAAAGGGGAAUGCCACCAUUAAGUGCGAGUAUCGGGAAAUAUCACGAGAUAAUUUUGUCAGGAAACCAGACGACACCUACAAGGAGCUCCGAGUACGAACUUUUAAGAACCACCAGUAUGUUCCGAAAAAUACGAACUUUAUGAUCACCAAAUGCUAUGUGAAGGACGCGAAGAAUCAUCAAAAGUUGCUGCAAAAGGAUGCCAUUUCGUUCAUUGAAGACCGCCUGCCAAAGAAAAAGGUUAAGGACUUUGUGAAGCAACAAAGUGUGGAUCCCAAACCAAGUGUCUUUAUAAUGGGACUGGACUCCACAUCGCGAAUAAAUCUUCGGCGAGCGAUGCCAUUGGUUUACAAAUUCGUUAGUAAACCGGGGUGGUUCGAAAUGCAAGGCUACAAUAAAGUGGGCGAUAAUACCUUUCCCAAUCUUCUGGCAUUGCUUACAGGGGAUUCUGAAGAAGGAGUAAAGCAUUUCUGUGACGUUAAGAAGGCGGGCUGUCUGGACUCUCUAAACUUUAUUUGGAAGCGUUUCAAACACGCCAACUAUACAACAGCCUUCGCCGAGGAUUGUCAAGCUAUAAGUACUUUCAACUAUCUAAAACCGGGUUUUGUAAAGCAGCCAACCGAUUACUAUCUGCGUCCCCUACUCUUGGCGAUCGAAAAACAGUUUAAGGUGACCAAAGACUAUGGAUAUCCCUUCUGUGUGGGUCGUCAUCUCAGCUUCAGUUAUGUCUGGGACUUUGGCCAGCAGUUCAUCGAUCGAUUUCUGGGCAGAACUCCGAUGUUUGGAAUGAUCUGGAGCAAUAGCUUCACGCACGAUCACUUCGAGGGAGCCACAGCUUUGGAAAAUCUGUUCAUGAAGUAUCUAAAGUCUUUCGAGGAGUCGGAUCUCUUCGGGCAAUCGAUAGUGAUUUUGAUGAGUGAUCAUGGCCAUCGAUACAAUACUUUGAGACUGGCCUCUACUGGUUAUUUUGAGGAACGCAUGCCCAUGAUGUUUAUCUAUUUACCGCCCUGGUUCCGUCGCAAAUAUCCCCAUCUAGCAAAGAAUCUCAAGACGAACCAGAAUCGACUAUCCUCUAAUUUCGAUGUUUACAUGACUCUGCUGCAUUUGCUCCAUUUGGAUAAAAAAUCGGUGGCUGAUUUCCCGGAUAAUCUCAAGGCAAGGCAGUGUAAGAGUUGUCAAUCGCUAUUCCUCGAACUGCCCUUCAAUCGCACUUGCCAUAUGGCCGGAAUUCAGGAGAAAUGGUGCUGUUGUCAGCCCACCGAAACCGUCACAAAUGCCAACUAUGUGCAAGAUAUAGCCAAGGCAAUUGUGCAGCAAAUGAAUGAUCAUUUAAUUAGCCAUGAUCUCAGCGACCUUUGCCAUGAUUUUACCUUGGAAAGUGUUGAAAAAGCAGACCGCAAAACGAUCCUAUCCACUGGUUAUAAGCCAGCUGAUAAAGACGAGCACGUUUACAUAAUUUCCUUCAAAACCAGUCCAAAAAACCCCCUUUUCGAGGCCACUGUCCGUUGGAAUACUCGCACUCAGAAGCUUAAGUACAUAAAUGUGGAGGAUCUAAGUCGGCUGAGUUCGUACAAAAACGACGCCAAUUGCAUAAAUCAAAAGAAUGCCAAAAAAUACUGCAUUUGUAAGGACAGCUUAGAUAAGCCUAGUGAAGAUUAUACUUAACUAUUGAAGUAAUAAUAAAAAUCGUAUAAAACUUAA